AGAACCAGGACCAGAACCAUUAACAGGACCAGAACCACAACCAGGAUCAGGACCAGGACCAGGAUCAGGACCAGGACCAGGACCAGGGUCAGAACCAUUACCAUGACCAGAACCAGAACCAGCACCAGGACCAGAACCAGAACCAGCACCAGAACCAGCACCAGAACCAGGACCAGGACCAGAACCAGGACCAGCACCAGAACCAGAACCAUUACCAGCACCAGCACCAGGACCAGGACCAGCACCAGAACCAGAACCAGCACCAGAACCAGCACCAGGACCAGAACCAGCACCAGAACCAGGACCAGCACCAGGACCAGCACCAGGGUCAGAACCAGGACCAGCACCAGAACCAGAACCAGCACCAGAACCAGCACCAGGACCAGAACCAGAACCAGCACCAGGGUCAGAACCAGGACCAGAACCAGGACCAGCACCAGGACCAGAACCAGCACCAGGACCAGAACCAGAACCAGGACCAGGACCAGAACCAGGACCAGCACC